GCUGAACUCGGAAGAAACUCGAACGGUCUUGGUUUUUCACUUGAAUAAUUCAAGUAUUUUUAUUUUUUAAUCGUUUUUAUCUCAUGUUUUGAAUCCAUCAGCUUUCGAAUUAUUCAUCAUCUCAGAAAUAAUGAAAAUUUGUAUUUUCCACUUAGUGUGAAUCGUCUGUUAUUGCAAUAAUUCAAGAGAAUUUUCCUUUUGUUCCCUUUGAAUGCAAAAAUAUCGAAUGCAACGAAAAUCGAUUGUUUGCGGGAUGCAACUUGCAGUGAAGAGUCACGUGAUGAAAACAAUGGCGACAUGAAGAAUUCCUGGAGAUUUGAAAAAUAGGGAAUAAUAGGAAUAAAAUGUCGUGGACGUCGAGAUUAUUUUUAUACAGUUCUAUCGCAGUCAGUGGAGGAACUGUUUAUUACGUUCACUGUUUGCAAUCGAUAGAACGUGAAGAACUUCGGGCGGGAGUUCUGAGAGACGUUGAACGACGAGCGCAGAAUGCCUCUCGAAAGGCAGAGAAUUUGUAUAUUUUAAAUCAACAGAAGGAGCUGGAGAAAUUCCUCAAGAAAGAGCAGGAGACACGAGCACAUGGGUAGAGCAGUUAGUUUACUUGUAAAUAAGUUAUUCAAUGUAUUUUAUUAUUUACCACAUUGAAAAUUGUGAUCGGUAGUUUCAGUAGAGUUUUAUAUUAAAAAUCUUGGAGUUGUGGAGAACAAGAACUAUUUA